GAGUGUGCAUCAAUACAUAGAAAUUCUCAACUCUAACUUCUUAUUAUUUGCCUAUAUUCCGUAUCCAUCCUAGCGUAACCGAGCUCCAACAGUUAUGAGCCCGGGAUUGCUGUGAGAUAGAUAUUCAGAAACUGCCCACAAUCCUCUAUAUCCAAAAGCCGGUUAUCAAAGUAUAUCAAUCGAAUCCAAACCUUUGGGAACAGCCCAAGCUCUGUCUGAAUCGCUUAGCCAUGGACGAGAAAAAGACGACUGUGAUCCUGAAAACCUCGGACGAUUGGAGAAAAUGGAUGGAACAACUGAGAACAAAGGCGACAAAGGAACAAGUCUGGGAAUAUAUGAAUCCAAGUACCAUCAAUACUGGGGACUUGGAGCCAGCGCCAACAAAACCAAUAGAGCCCAUUCAACCUUCUAAGCCAGACCUAUCCAGCGAUGAAGAUAUUGCUAUUAAGCAAUUCAAGCUGAUGAACUGGCAAGCUGACAUGGCGGCUCAUGAUUCGCAACGACGGAUUUACGAACACAAUAAGGCUCGAUAUGAGAAGCAUAUAGAGCGAAUGACAAACGUCAAGAACUAUAUCCUUGAUACAGUCGAACUUGGCCACCAGUCAGAAAUCCGGCAAAUGGAAGAUAUUAAGGAAAUAAUCCGAACUUUGAAGAGACGGUUUGCCCUUACAGAACAACGAGAGAACGACCUGCUCUUGAGCCGAGAACGAAGUCUUCUUAAUCCGAAACGCACUCAAAGACCGAAGGAAUGGGCGGAAAAAUGGAGAACCCUCGUACUGGAUAUGAAGCUUGCCAAUUUCUAUGAGUUGUCAGACACAAGAUUGGCACGAGACUUCAUCCAAUCCACUGCAGAGAUUGCGCCCAAGUUUCACGACAUCUGGAGCACAAGAAUCCUCGAAUACGACAUGGGAUUAGACACAUCAGGCUUAACGGAGAUUCCAGAUAUUAACGAGAUCAUAGGAACAUUCGACAAGUGGGUUGAAGCCAAUAAUAAGUUGGAAUCAAGUCACAGACGCGAUAUCGCUAUGGCAACUCUCAACGGAAAGUCAGAUCAGCCUGAAGACAACAAGAAAAGUCAGAUGAGAUCAAAAUCGAAGGACAAAACAUGUCUCUGCGGCCAGAAGCACCAAUUUGAGGACUGCCCAUACGUGAACCCAGCAAAACGACCUAAGGACUGGGAAUCAGACAUCAGUAUUGAGGAAAAGUUCAAGAAUCUUGAGAAAAAGGACACCCCAUAUGCCAACGCCUUGAAACGGGUUAAGAAAGGACUGGAAAAGAAAAAGAAAGAGCGAGAUUCCGACACCAGCAAGAAAACAGAUAAGGAUUCGGAAAGAUCGAAUUUCAUGUAUGAUUCCGAUGAGAUUGCAUGUGCUGUCAGAUUGGAUACGGCAUUAUUAGCCUCGAACGACGACCUCACAAACAAAGUCAUAAUGGAUAACGGUACAACAACUCAUAUUUUCAACGAUCGAAGAAGGCUCCGAAAUUUAGGCAACGAAUCCAGGUGGCUGCUUGUUGGAAACACAAGAAUCAAAAUGACUGGACCUGGAGAAACAAUAGUAUAUCCCACACAACCGAUCAGUGAAAAGGUUAAGCGAAAGGGUAUUAUCGUCCGUGACGCCUAUCAGGAAUUGUGUCAUAUUCGACGAGAAGGAAAUCUUUACCUUAUCGAAUGGGACGAGAACAAGCCAGCACGCAGUUCGCUUAGCGUCGACUUUGCCUUCAAUUCCAUGGAGAAAAACAUACUCAAAGAUCCGAUGAAUGUGUGGCAUAAAAGAUUCGGACACGUAUCAUCCAGAGCUAUUGAGAAACUCCAAGAAGCAACAGAGGGAGCUAUUGUUAUGUCAGUUCCAAGCCACAAUAACGAGGGAUUCAAAAUCAAAUGUGAAACCUGCGAACUUACCACGGCCAAACGUCAAAUCAGCAGGGUAGCGAUGCCGCUACCAACAAGGCCAUUUCAAAAGAUAUUCGUUGACAUCAUUGUCAUGAACUUGGCACGGAAUUUUGACAGAUAUAUCCUCCAUGCAGUGGAUCCGUUAACUAAAUUCCACGUAUUAGUCACCACCACAACGAAAUCAGUCAAUUUCGACCUAGAAAGACUGAUUGAGGAUAUCGAACAUACCUUCAAGUGUGUUAUUGAGACUAUACAUGUGGACGGCGAAAGCUCAAUCAAUGGCAACGACUUCAAGGACUAUUGCAAAAGGAAAAGAAAGACGUUAGUCACGACAGUUCCUGAUACGCCUGAGCAGAACGGCCUAAGCGAGAAAGCUGGGGAUAUCAUUGCCACCAGGGCAAGGAGCAUGAUUAUUGAAGCCAACCUACCUGAAGGGUUAUGGCCAGAGGCAGCCAGAGCAGCCGUUCAUAUCAUGAACCGAACACCAACGAAAUCCUUGAACUAUAAAACGCUAUAUGAGUCAGUGUAUGGGAAGAAACCAUAUGUUGGAAAUCUGUUUUUAUUCGGAUCAAAGACUUACGUACGGAUCGACACAAAGAAAAGCCACAAAGUAGCUCCACGAGCGCAGAUUGGAUAUCUAGUGGGAUAUGAAGCUCACAAUAUUUGGCUCAUUUGGACGACAGGUCCACGGGGAACGAAGGUCAUUCGAGCACGAGACGUUGUUUUUGACGAAACGAAGAGAUAUGACCCAGAACAUCCAUUCGCUAGGGAAAUCAUCAGAGAUAGUGUGACAACGAUAACAGAAUCAUUAGAAAUUUUAAACCUUGAAGAUAUUGACAAGGACAAUCAAGUGUUUGAUUCAGUUGAUGAUGACAUGAGGCUUCAACGUUGGCAACCCGCCAGUAUAAGGUUCUCACCAGCGAGGGGGUCAAAUGAAUGUUCGAAUCAGCCAGAUACCGAAACUCCAGUUCAAAUCGAGGCACCAAUUACUGGAAUUGGAAAUAUUGAAGCAUAA